AUGUCUGAAGGCCAAAGACCCCGCCGGGGCUCCGGCAGAGGGAAUGCUGCAGCAGAUGCAGGGGAACACCACAAACCAGCAGCAGCAGCAGCAGCAGCAGCGCAGCCUGCAUUUGCACCAAAUGUGCAGCCGGGGUGCGCUAUAAUUGCUCCAGGAGGCGCUGCAUCCCCUGCCGCUGCAGCAGCAGCAGCAGCUGCUGCUGCUGCAGGUGGGUCUGGCAUUCAAGGACGAACGCAGCCAACUGGUGGAGCUGCCGCAGCGCCGGCUGCAGCAGCAGCAGCAGCAGCAGCAGCCGCACGAAAGCCACGAUCAGCAACAGGGCCCCUUACUGCACCUGAGCCAGCAGCAGUAGCAGCAACAGCAGCAACAGCAGCAGCAGGUCAUUCGUGGUCAGCUGCCUCUUUAAUUGUGCCGGUGCGGCAGAAGGAGCGUCCGGGCGCCGCUUCUGCUGCUGCUGCUGCUGCUGCUGCUGCGCCUGGCCCGUCAGCUGCUGCAGCUGAAGUGCCUAGCAGCAGCAGCAGCAGCAGUAGCAGUAGUAGCAGGGGCCACUGGCGCGGGAGAGGUCGGUUCGCCACAACACGGCAGCGGCGCCUGCAACAGCAGCAGCAGCAGCAGCAACAGCAGCAGCGGCAGCAGCAGCAGGGGCAGGCACUAACAGCAGCCUUCGUAGAGCCUGCAGCGGCAGCAGCAGCAGGACUGCCUCCGCCCCAAACAAAAGGAGUAUUUAUUAGGCAGGAAGCAGCAACAGGGGCAGCCGUUGCAGCUACAACAACACCUGCAGCAACAGCAGCAACAGCAAGUGCAGCAACAGCACCCGCUGCAGCUGCUGCAACAGCAGUACCGCUGCAGCAGCAGCAGCAGCUGCUGCAACCUCAGCAGCAAAACAAGCAGCAGCAGCAACACCCACGCUCCAUCCCUCCCUCUUCGAAAAAGCACCCGGGAGACGGGACAAUUAUUGCUGGUUCGGCAACUGCGGCUGCUGCUGCUGCUGCUGCUGCUGCCGCAGCCACAUCUGGUGCUCCGGCUGCAGCUGCUCCUGCAGCACAACCGCUUGGUGCUGGCUUCCCAAGCGGAGACAGCAGAGCCCCAGAGAGAAAUGAAGCAGCAAAAAGGGGCUUAAGGGAACAGCAACUGCAGCAGCAGCAAAGCCAGCGGCUUCAAGAGCAGCAGCAGCAGCAGCAGCAGCAGGCGCUGCAAGUCCCACGAGUGAAGCAGCAAGGCCAGCAGCAGCAACACGGAACAAAUUUGCUUCCGAUUAUGCUGCCCUACGUCCCCGCAGCAGGUUCAACAGCACCGGCUGCAGCAGCAGCAGUUUCUACUCCAGCAGCAGCAACAGCAGCAGGCACAGCAGCAGCAGGCACAGCAGCAGCACCCACGGCAACACCAGCCGCAGCGACGGCGCUACCACCUCCACCGCCGCCACCUGAUCGGCAGCAGCAGCAGCAGCAGCAGCCGCAGCCGCAGCAGCUGUUGCAGCCGCCUCAGCAGCAGCAGCUGCAGCAGCAGCAGCUGCAGCAGCAGCAACUGCAGCAGCAACUGCAGCAGCAGCAGCAGCAGCCAACCGUGGCGCGCCCGCGCCCAAGUUUCAGCAGCAGAAGAGGGACAGCCCGGGGAGGUUUAAUUCAGGCAAAUGCAAGGGCUGGUCUGGUCACCUGGCACGCUGCUGUUACGCAGCAGCAGCAGCAGCAGCAGCAGCAGCAGCAGCAGCUGCAGCAGCAGAGGCCACGGCAGCAACAGCAAAGGCACCAGCACCCACGCGAGGGUCAGCUGCAGCUGCAGCAACAGCCAGAAUACCACCGACUGCACCAGCAGCAGCAGCAGCAGCAGCAGCAGCGGCAGCGACUCAGCUGGGGAGACAGCCGAGGCUCCCAAUCCUCUGCAUACUCCCCGCGAUUUGCUGCUAGCCCUAGGGCUCGCCAGCAGCAGCAGCAGCAGCAGCAGCAGCGAUCUAGCGCCUUCUCAGCUUGUGCGCUGAGCAGCCAGUUGCUUCCUUGGAUGCGGUGGCAGGCGACACCAGCAGCAGCAGCAGCAGCAGCAGCAGCAGCAGCAGCAGCAGCACAAGCAACAGCAGCACAGGCAGCAGCAACAGCGCCCGAGAGGAAGCAGGAGAGUGAGCAAACAGCAGCCGACCGUCGCCGCCGCGUGUCUCCACGCAAGCCCCUACAGCAGCAGCAGCAGCAGCAACAGCAGCAGCAGCAGCAGCAGCAGAUGCUGCAGCAGCAGCAGCAAUUGAAGCAUUCGCAUACGGCACUGUGGUCACUUAGUAAAGCUAGGGUUGCCCCUUCACUAGCCUCGCUAGAGCGGCCAGCGACAGCCAGCAGCAGCAGCAGCAGCAGCAGCAGCAAAAGCGCAGUGCUGCUGCAGCAAUGCCUGAACGAGCAGCAGCAGCGGCAGCAGCUGCCGCAGCUAGAAUGCCCUUCCUCACUGCGCUGGCAGGCAGCAGCAGCUCCAGCAGCUGUAGCUGCCCCCUUUCGACAGCAGCAGCAGCAGCAGCAGCAGCAGUUGCAGCAGCCGCAGCAGCAGCAGGUGCCGCCGCUGCAGCUCGCCCGCCCGUCAAGCGGCGCUGAGGGCUCAUCCAGCAGCAGCGCAAGAACAGCAGCAGCAGUAGCAGCAGCAGCAACAGCUGCUGCUGCUGCUUCAGCAGCCUACGCAAUAGAACCUCUUGAACUAAGAAAGCCCCUAACUGUGGACUCAGCUAUUAGGUUUAUUCAGGGCUGGAUUGGAGUAGUGCAUGCAGCAGCAGCAGCAGAUGGCUCUCCGACAGCAGCAGCAGCAGCAGCAGCAACAGCUGCUGCAGUGACGGAAGGACAAA